AUGGAGAACAUCCAUGUCCGGACGGACGGCGAGCCGGGGUGCGCUCUGCCGUCGGAAGCACACUCUUUCUCGGGGGAUAUCGGCGGCGGUACGACGAUCGAGACGCCUUUCUCUGUGUCGUUGAGCGUUCCGGCCUCACCGAUGGAGACGAAGAUCGGUGUCCACCACCCCGCCAUGCCCCUGAGGCAAGCCCGUCAACACUCGCUGCCGUCCCCGGAACUGCCGGCUGCUGACCCCGAGCGUGGCAGCGCCAAUAUCUCCGAGGAGGACACUGAUGAGGACCACGACGUCCCCACCGCCGGCCGCUACUUCGCCGCACUCGAAGGCGCCGAGCUCGACACCCUUCGUUCGACGGAGGUGGCGGUGCUGCCCAAGGACGAGCUGUGGCCUUUCUUGCUUCGGUUCCCCAUCAGCGCCUUCGGGAUGUGCCUCGGCGUCAGUAGCCAAGCGAUGCUAUGGAAGACGCUCGAGUCAGAGCCCUCCAUGGCGUUCCUCCGCGUGCGCCCCGCCGCCAACCAUGUCCUCUGGUGGGUCUCCGUUGCCCUCACCGCCGUUGUCUCCAUCGUCUACCUUCUCAAGGUCGUCUUCUACUUCGAGGCCGUCCGCCGCGAGUUCCACCAUCCGGUCCGCGUCAACUUCUUCUUCGCUCCCUGGGUCGCCUGCCUCUUCCUCGUCAAGGGAGUGCCCCUCCCAGAGUGGGAGAUCCACCAUGUCUUCUGGUACCUUCUCAUGGCGCCCAUCUUAUGCCUCGACCUCAAGAUCUACGGCCAGUGGAUGUCCAGCGGCGAGCGGCGCCUCUCGAAGGUGGCCAACCCAUCCAACCACCUCGCUGUUGUUGGCAACUUUGUUGGUGCGCUACUCGGUGCCAGGAUGGGCCUCCGGGAGCUGCCCAUCUUCUUCUUUGCUGUUGGGUUGGCCCACUAUGCGGUGCUCUUCGUCACCCUCUACCAACGGCUCCCCACUAACAUGCAGCUCCCCAAGGAGCUCCACCCGGUCUUCUUUCUCUUCGUUGCCGCACCUAGUGUCGCGUCCAUGGCAUGGGCGAGGAUCUCCGGCGAGUUCAACAACAGCGCCAAGCUCCUAUACUUCAUCUCGCUCUUCCUCUAUGUAUCGUUGGUGGUGCGUGUCAACCUGUUCCGGGGGUUAAGGUUCUCGUUGGCUUGGUGGGCCUACACGUUUCCGAUGACGAGUGCUGCCCUAGCGACGGUGUUGUAUGCGUCAGAGGUGAACAACAUGGUAACACAAAUGCUUGCGGUUGGGCUAUCAGGAAUUGCCGUUGUCACCGUCAUCGGCGUGUUGGCCACCACCGUGUACCACGCCUUUGUGUGUGGGGACCUGUUCCCCAACGACGUUUCCAUCGCCAUCACGCAAAAGAGGCCCAAAUUUAGCAACAUACUUGCACACCUCCGCUCGCCCACUCCGGCGUCAAGUAGCUCAUCCUCUUCAUCCUAA